CGCACCCGGGGUAGCCAACGACGACCAUCAUAACAAGAGGAAACGCCUUUCUUUCGCAGCCGUUCUCCGUAUUUUGGCCGAAUUCGGCUGCGAUUUCUCGCGCAAGAGAGCGAACGGUCGGUUGCAGAGUGAUCGGACGCCCGGUUGCGUCGCGUCGAGCGAGAUUCGCCGUCCGACACGCAGUGCUCGAUGAGCUGCUAAACUGGGUUCGGCCGAGGAGAUGAGCAACUCGGCGCGGGCCGAGGGGCUGCGCCGGGCGUUCACCCUGCCGAGGGGCGCCCGCAAGCUGUUCCGCCGCCCCUCGAUCCGCCGCCUCUUCACCAGGGUGGUGCAGCACGUCAACGGCUUCAAGGCGCCGCUCAACAAGGAGCGCAUCGUGUACGCGCCGCCGCCCAAGGACCGCGUCCCGGGGGUCACCGGCCUCCGCAACCAGGGCAACACGUGCUUCAUCAACGCCGUGCUGCAGUGCCUCAGCCACACCGACCUGCUGGCCGAGUACCUCGUGCUCGGCAACUACAAGGCGGACCUCCGCAAGUCCAAGGGCGAACUGACAGAGCAGCUGGCCGCCCUGCUCAGGGCCGUCUGGUCGGGACAGUACGCGCCCGAGCUGUCGAGCAGCUUCAAGACUGCGGUGGACAAGUACGGCAGCCAGUACCGCGGCGCCAACCAGCACGACGCCCAGGAAUUCCUGCUCUGGCUGCUGGACAAGGUGCACGAGGACCUCAACACGGCCACCAAGAAGAAGUACAAGGCCAUCAAGAAUUCGUUUGGAAGGCCAGACGCAAUCGUGGCCGAGGAGACGUUGGCGAACCACAAGCGGUGCAACAACAGUUUUGUGCACUCGCUGUUCCAAGCGCAGUUCCGCUCGUCACUGACCUGUCCCAAGUGCCAGCGGCAGAGCAACACCUUCGACCCGUUUCUCUGUGUCUCGAUCCCGGUGCCGCAGGACCAGAGCAAACCGCUCUUUGUGUCCGUCGUCUACCUGUCGCAGCAGCCGCGCCAAGUGCGGAUCGGCCUCUCUCUGCCCAUCGACGCCGAGACCAAGGAGCUCAGGGAGCAGCUGGCCUCGGACACCGGCAUUUCCGAAGCCUUCAUGCUCCUCACGGAAAUUGACAAUCAGGGUUUCGUCCGGACGCUGUCAGACGUUCAAGGGACCGCCGAAGCUUCCGAGUCAGACCCGUUGUAUUGCAUCGAGUUGCCGCAGCUGAAAGAUGCGAGUGAGGAGAGUGGCGCCUACGUUAUGCUCGUGUGGAUCAACGUGCUGCAGGAGGAGGAGAACAAGUUCAAGCGCUUCGGGAGUCCGUACACGAUGCAGGUGACGCGAGAGACGUCGUACGAGGACCUGCAGAAACUUAUCCUGAAGGAAAUGCAUCCCGCUCUGCACGACGACAUCCUCACCAACGCGCAGGAGGUGCCGCUUUUUAGAAUGCGAGUCGCCGAGGCGGGACUCCAGCCGGGCACUUACCUGGACUUCUCUCUGGACCACCCUCUGUACAUGGAGGCCGUCGAUCAGGCCCUGGCGCUCUGCCCAGAGGACGGAGGCCCUGCCCACCUCAAGCUGGUCCUCGAGUGGGAGGCGAAGGCAAAGGAAAGUGUGAUUGCGGACGAUAGUGAGCAAGAAGAAGAGCUGGCAAGUGUGCGGGAGUUGAAAAACUUUACGGAAGAGUCAAGGACGGCAACUCUUGAAGAAUGCUUUAAGCUUUACACACAAGAUGAGGUACUGGGGCCCGAAGAUGCCUGGCAUUGCCCCUACUGCAACCGAAAGCAAGAAGUUGUUAAAAAACUUGGCCUCUGGUCAUUACCCGACAUUCUUAUAAUUCAUUUGAAACGAUUUCGCCAGUCACCCAAAAGCCGCUCCCCGUCAAAGCUGAGCACGAUGGUGGAGUUCCCUCUCUUCGGUUUCGACAUGUCCCCUCACGUGGCCAGUAAGCCAGAGGGUGCUGUGCCCAAUGGUGUUGGCUGGUCCCCUUGGAAGCGGCCGAGGCGGCAGUCGAGUGCUCGCGAGGACAACGUCUACGACUUGUAUGCCGUCUGCAACCAUCACGGGCAAGACGUGCAGGGAGGCCAUUACACUGCCUACUGCCGAAACCCGUAUGAUGGCCAGUGGUAUGCAUUUGACGACGCCAAGGUUGAGGGUUUGGAGGAGGAAAACGUUGUCACCUCAUCGGCCUACAUCCUCUUCUACCAACACCGUAGUCUGUCUGGUAGUCCUUGCUCGUCCUCCGCUUCCACCUCGUCAUCUUCUGAUCAUUGGGUCUGCCGCAUCCCCGCAUUUGAUGCACCUGCCAAGUCACCAGCUGAAACUCCAGUCGAGGAAGCGCCUCAGUUCCAGCGGAACUCGCGAGGCUACGCAACGCUCCCUUCCAGUCAGAGUCCAGCUCCUGUUGCUGCAGCUGAGAAGGACCACCACUCAGAGGACGAGGCGGAGGUGGUGGCUGAGUCGAGCGUUUGAGACUGUGAUUCGUGCCUUUCUUCAUUCCGCGCACUCUCCUGAGAAAGCACUGGACAGUUUUACAUUAUUUGAUCAAUGAUGCAUACACUUAUUAUGUUACUACAAACGAUGGUGUAACAUUGCGUACGAGAAACACACACAUUUAUAUCAACAUGCUGCUGCAAGUGCUCUGAGAUAGAUUUUGUUACUAUUGAUUAAUUUUGUCGACUAGAAUCAUGCCUAGGGACCAAAACAAUUGUUGAAAAUUUCCCAAAGCCAACUCGCUGCUGGUUUUUACAUUCAAGAAUGAUAAAUUCAAUGGCAAAAGAGAGAAAUUGAUUUGUUACCGAGUCCGAGCACCUUCUGCUGUGAUUGCCACUUGUUUGCUUUUCAUUAUCCCACAUGUAACGGUAAAAAUAAACUGCUAUUUUCAACUCUUAUUACAUAAACUUGGCUCU